CCCUGCAGAUAAUACUAUGUAUUUUCUACCACAAUAUGAAGAGUUCGUUCGCGACCACUGCGGCCUUGUAUCGAGGGGUGAUCAUGGAAGUGCAGCUUUGCAUCGUCGUUAUACUGUAUUCUCUGGACGUAGUGUUCCAUAUCGUCCUCAUAGUUGGUGCUCAUAUGAAGAGACGUCGUCUUCUACGCAUCUACUACUACUAUGAGCUGACGACGAUGGUGGCUACCUUCGUUGUGGUGCUGAUCACCUAUAUAGACUUCGACAGGUACCCGCGGUGGAACUUCAUCCUCACAGAAUUCUGUCUGGCUUUUACUGGAUUCGUGUUACAGGUAUACCUAGUACUGCUCGUGCGAAGCGAGCUGAAGAAGGACCGGUACCAGGAAGGCACAUCCAGCUACAUCAACCACGUCGCUGAGGUCUUCAUAGACCCCCCACUCCGGCGACAAUGGAGAACUGAUCUUUAGAUAGAAUAAACUUAUAGAU